AUGGUGCAGAAGGCCACACAUGCCGACGACACCACCUGCGAUGGUGUCUGUGGAAGACGCCCGUUGGCAGGCAGCCAUCAUAUGAUGCGGGUUGUGAGCGGCAGCGAUGUUCUUCCAGGAACGUGGCCCUGGAUGGUCAGCUUCCAGGUAGUAACACGGAAGGGAAAUGUGAAUACCUGCGGAGGUUCGCUCAUCAGCCCUCGCUGGGUCCUCAGUGCAGCCCACUGCUUUCAGGUCAAAAAGGACAUACCAUGGUACAGGGUAGUGAUUGGUACUAACCGCAUCUCCAACCCUGGUCCUGAUGUCCAGAGACGCUUGAUCAAGAAUGUGGUGAAUCAUGAGUUCUACAAGAGUGACAUGACCUUGAAUGAUGGCGGAGUACAUAAUGACAUUUCCUUGGUGGAGCUGGACAGGCCGGUCAACUGCAGUGACUACAUACAGCCAGCCUGCUUGCCUGACAAGAGCGUGACGGUGUCGUUGCUAACCCACUGCUACGUCAGCGGCUUUGGCUCCAUGGAAGUGAAAACAGGCAAAGUGCCUGAUGUCAUGCAGGAGGGGCGAGUUAACCUCAUUCCCAAGGAGACCUGCAGGAACGUGGAGUGGUGGCACCAUCACAUCCUUGACGAGAACCUCUGCGCUGGACACGAGAAAGGAGGUGUUAGUACUUGCGCGGGUGACAGUGGCGGCCCCCUCGUGUGUAGGGAAGAAAGGUCUGAACGUUACUGGUUGGUUGGAGUCACCAGCUGGGGAUCGCACAGUUGUGGCGAGCCAAAGAAGCCAGGGAUCUACACCUCCACUCAACGCUACCUUGACUGGAUCCAACUGACAACCAAAGAGAACCUUUUCACACCCAGUCACGCACCAGCCCUGGCCCCCUUCCACAGCCAAGCCAAGGCCCCCUCCCAUGACCUGGGGCACAACCAGGCCAUGGCCUCCUCUCACAACCAAGCCCAGCCCCCCUCCCACAACCUGGCUCACCACCAGGCCAAGUCCUCCUCCCAUGAUGAGGCCAACAGGAUGGGGUCCCAUUCCAAGGCCCACAAUAUGGUACGUGCCUCCUGGGACAAGGCCAUCACCAUGGGGUCCCACCCGUCCUCCCUGGACAACAGGGCCCCCAAUAUGGGGCCUAACAUUUCCUCCCUGGACAACAGGGCCUGUAAGAUGGCAUGCCAGGACAAGUUCCCCAAGAUGGCAUGGGCAGAUUUACAGGCCAUGGGCCGCAUUUCACACAGCGCCACGACAACAGUUCCAGCGUCAAGCAUUAGGAGAGGGGUGCAGAACCUCCAGCCCAUGCGCCGUUUGUCCUGCCAGGCCAUUUUGGCCAAGCCAUGCCAUAUAUGGGCAGGUAAAAAGGUGGUUGGGCCAAAAGGGGCUUCUAACAGUGUGGUGUAG